AUGGCCAUCAACGUGGGGAAGGCAAACCUUGUGGAGCACUUGGAGCUCAUCCUCAGUCUCCGUGGCUCCUACCCGAUAGUGGCAAUCGAUACGGAGUUCCCGGGGUUCAUUCGCGACACCCCUCGCAAUGCCACCGAAGAAGAAAGAUACAAUGACGUGAAGCACAACGUGGAUAACAUGCACCUGAUCCAGCUUGGCGUCGCCUUGUUCGACGAAGGCGGCAACACCCCCUGGCCGGGGUGCUGUUGGCAGUUCAAUUUUUCGGAUUUCGAUCCCGAUGUGGAUGCUUCCUCUCCCGACUCCAUCGAGUUGUUGGCACAGAGCGGGCACGACUUCCAGCAAUACCGACGACACGGCAUCGACGCGCGGCGGUGCGCCUAUCUGGUAUGCGUGAAGCUCUUCUGCCAACCCUACAGCUCCAAGUAUGUUACGUUUCAUGGACUCUACGACGUGGCAUUUGUGAUAAAGAUGAUCACCCGAGCCCCACUGCCCAACACCUUGAACGAGUUCUCUGAUUUGGUGAGGACCAUCUUCGGCCAGAUUUAUGAUCUCAAAUAUAUAUCUCGAUUUUGUGGAGGACUGCGUCGGGGAGAGAUUGGUUUGGUGGGACUAUCAAGGUUAUUGAACUUUGAACCCGUAGGGAUCCGUCACCAAGCAGCAUAUGACAGUCUACUAAUUGGGGCACUCUUCAACGAAAUGAAGCAACGAAGGCAUAACGUAGAGGACGACAGAUCUGCAUCGGUCCUCUAUGGUAUAGAGAAUAGAUGCGUCGAGAACAGGAGGACUCGAAGGAUUGACCGCAGAGGGCAAGAGCAGAUCGCUGCUACUGUUGCGAUUGCUGUUGCUGUGAGGGCACAGGCGUUCCCUUCAUUCUCCAUAAAUCCGCCCUUCGUUCUCCUUAAGUCCACCGACUAUUGGCAGAUCAACGAAGACAGCGAAGGCUACCACGGUGAGGAAGAUGAGGAUUGGCCGUGGAGCCUCUUAGGAAUAUGGCUGCAGCGGCGUUAG